CUAGUCCCUGUCCAGGCUGGCAGAGCGGGCGCUCUCGGCUGUGGGCGGUGUGACGUCGCGGGCCCAGCCCAGGGAGGUACUCCCAGGGCGCCCAGGGAGGGCGGACCUUGGGUCGGACCCGCCGCCCCCAAUCCCGGGGCCUGGGGGUCCCCCUCACCUUGCCCCGGCCUCCUGCCAGUCGCCACCACCCCUAGCCUCUCCCGCUGAGUUCGGCGCCCCAGAGAGGAUUAAGUAAGUGCUGAGGUCGCCGCUUCUGUGCAAGAAUGGAGGAAUCACAGAGUCGCGAAGCACCCAGGGAGUCAGGGAGCUCUCUUUAUCCAAGGACGUGGCCCCCUGUAUGGGUAGUGGGGGCCACAGGCUGGGACACCCCUGAUGUCAGAAGUGAGUGAGCAGGUUGACUGACCACAAGCAGUCCCUCAGCAUCAGCAUGGACUCCAGGAUCCCAUCUGCUAGGAGCUGGAUCAGUAGCCACCCACCCACCUCUGAACCUGACCUGGAGCCUGCCACAGAUGGGUCAGCUUCCAAGACAACCACACUCAGCCCUGAAGCCACCAGCUUUAAUGACACCAGAAUCCCUGACGUGGCUGGUGGCACAGCCGGCGUGGGCACAAUGCUUCUGUCCUUUGGGAUCAUCACAGUGAUUGGCCUGGCUGUGGCCAUGGUUUUGUACAUCAGGAAGAAGAAGAGGUUGGAGAAGCUGCGCCACCAGCUCAUGCCUAUGUACAACUUCGACCCCACGGAGGAGCAAGAUGAACUGGAGCGGGAGCUGCUGGAGCACGGGCGGGACACUGCCUCUGUGCAGGCUGCCACCGCUGUGCAGGCCACGCAGGCCAAGACCACUCUUCCCUCUCAGGGCCCAAUGCAGAGGCCCAGCCGGCUGGUGUUCACUGAUGUAGCCAAUGCCAUCCACGCGUGAGGAGCCCAGGGACAGGCCUGGACCUCUGAUGAAGACACCUGCCACAGUGCCCUCAGCUGCCCACUCCGAGAUCAUUAGGACCUCCUCUCAGGACCUACCCUGCCAAGGCCUCAGCUAUUUUGAGGACCCAGCUUCUGACCCUCCAGGCUCUAAAAGAGGCCCCUGGCCAGGUUGGGCAUAUGGCCACUGAUAUCCCCUGACCUGAGGGCCCUGGAAUGCAGAGCAUCCCUCAUAAGGCUUCCUUAUGCUGGCUGGCUUCCU